AUGAAUGGCCUUCUGGGCGAAGGCUUGAAGGAGACUAAAAAUAGGCCUGUAUUAGUAUUCUUAUACACCCCUCGCUUGGGCGAAGGCUUGAAGGAGACUAAAAAUAUGCCUGUAUUAGUAUUCUUAUACACCCCUCGCUUGGGCGAAGGCUUGAAGGAGACUAAAAAUAUGCCUGUAUUAGUAUUCUUAUACACCCCUCGCUUGGGCGAAGGCUUGAAAGAGACUAAAAAUAUGCCUGUAUUAGUAUUGUUAUACACCCCUCGCUUGGGCGAAGGUUUGAAGGAGACUGAAAAUAGGCCUGUAUUAGUAUUCGUAUACACCCCUCGCUUGGGCGAAGGUUUGAAGGAGAUUAAAAAUAAGCCUGUAUUAGUAAUCAUAUAUACCCCUCGCUUGAGCGAAGGUUUGAAGGAGAUUAAAAAUAGGCCUGUAUUAGUAUUCUUAUACACCCCUCGCUUGGGCGAAGGUUUGAAGGAGACUAAAAAUAGGCCUGUAUUAGUAAUCCAUUUGGUAUUUUAAAAAUCAGGUCCUGGACCAGGAAAAUAUCUCUUGCCUGGAAAUGUUGGAUUCACCGGACAUGACUUCACAAAGAGGAGAAAUCCUGCAUUCUCGUUUGGACUAAGAACCAAGAUCAUUAAUAAGAAAUCGUCUCCAGGACCAUGUUACUUCAUUCCUUCAUCAAUUAAUCGACAUGGUCGAGUAGAAGCUCCAGCUUAUACUCUUUCAAGUAGACAACUGGAAUUAGCAUCGUUUGCUUCUCCUGGACCCGGUGCUUAUUCUCCAGAAAAGUUUCAUCCUCCUAAAGAACGACGAGCUCCAUCCUAUUCAAUAAGUGGACGUCCGAAACUUCAGAAGGUGGACUUAAGACCAGCACCGAACGCCUACACUUUACCAGCUUGUCUUGGGCCAAGUGUUUCUCAUUUUAGAUCUUUACCGAGCUAUACUAUAUCUGGUAGAUCUACCGUAGGAGCCUCUGAUGAAAACUACGCAAAAACGCCAGGUCCGAAUAAGUACCAAGUGGUGGACGUUUCUCUUAUUAAGAAAAAAUCUCCUGGGUAUACAAUGUCUCCGAGAAUGUAUCCACCGGCUAAAGACACACAACGUCCGGGCCCAGGGGCAUAUAACCCCGAAAUGGUCGCUUUAACCAAACCAUCUUCACCAGCAUACUCAAUGGGAAUCCGACAUUCGGAAUAUAUUACACAGUUAAUGACAGAAUAAGGCUGAUGAUUUUUAUAUAAUCAUAAAAAUUGUACACAAUUAUACAUUUUCUUUCCUUCAAUUACAGAUAGAUUUGUUGAUUUUCGUGUUCUAUGACAACUGAAUUACAUCUAGAUUAGAUCGCUAAUGUUACAACAUAUACUCCAUAUCACCAGCCAGUUUGUUUCUAAUAAGUUAUGUGUAUGUUUAAAAUUAGAAUAUUACAAUAUCAAACAAAAAUCUGUAUUUGUUUUCUUGAUAUUCUUGAUGUCAAUAUUUUAUGUGUGAGAGAGAAAAAAACAA